UACUAUAAUCCACUCUUCACAAUGAAGCGCAAUCAGUUAAUCUUUUUGGGCGUAGCCCUCAUUGUUUACAUUUCGCAGUCGGAAGCUGCAACCAAGGGAUCGAGAAUAAUCGGAGGUGACGUUGCCAGAGCCGGACAGUUUCCUUUUGCCGCGGCAAUUCAUGUCCAAACAGCCGACAGCAAAUUCUUUUGUGGUGGAGCUCUAACUGGUAACGACUGGGUUGUCACUUCUGGUCACUGCGUUAACAAUGCCAUUCUAUUUACCAUCCACAUUGGCUCAAAUCAUCGAGAAUCAGCCGAGCCUGACGGUUUGACUGUAGCAACGUCUACUUAUGUUCUACAUCCCGAUUUUAAUGCAGACACUUUCGAAAAUGAUAUUGGAUUGAUUGAGUUUCGAAGACCAAUUGAUUUUAAUUCAUAUCUAGAACCUGUGUACACACCGGAGUUUCCCCUAAACGAUUACGCAGAUGUGAUUGGUCUAGGAUGGGGUCAAAUUAGUGACAAUGACGCCGAACUUAGCGACGAUCUACGAUACGUAAAAAUGACGGCUAUUACCAAUACAGAAUGUAAAAUGACUUAUGGAAAUCAGAUUACUGAUGGUAUGGUUUGUGCCAUUGGCAAUUACAACGAAGGCACAUGUGUGGGUGACACUGGGAGUCCUUUGGUAAUCGAAUUUCCAAAGAAUUAUUUUCUCGUUGGUGUUGCAAGUUUCCUCAGUGCUAAUGGUUGUGAAAGCACCAAUCCGUCAGGCUACACAAGAACUUAUUACUACUUUGACUGGAUCAAAAAUGUUACAGGAACUUAUCCUGGUCUCUCAUAAUAUUUUCCAUUUUUGUAGUAAAGUUGUAGAUUAUUGCAGAAAUUGGUGCAAAUUUUGUUUUGGAAAUAAAUGAAUUUAUCUCUA